CUGUUUUCCAGAUAAAAGAUGGCACAGCAGGAAGUCCAGCAGGAUUUCGAGAAAAAACUUUUCAAGAUUCGCAUUGAGUUUGUGGAGAGAGUUUCUGAGGAAAUCCUGACUCAGCUCCUCGAUGGCCUUGAGGCAGAUGGCAUUUUUAAACGUUUAGAGAAAGAAGAAAUACUUCAGAAGAACCAAACCAGAGCAAACAAGGCCCGCGACACCAUCGAUGAUGUGAUGAAGAAAGGACAGAGAGCCUGCAGACUGAUGAUCAAACAUCUUCAUUUUAUAGAUCCUACACUGUCCAAUCAGCUGAGUUUGUUCUCUGACUCCUUUGAUUUAGAUUUUGAUGAUCGAUGUCAACGUGACCUCAAAGACUCUCUAAAGGAAACGUUCCAAUCUAUCUGUGAAGGCAUUGCAAUACGUGGAGAGAAAACCUCUCUGGAUGAUAUUUACACAGAGCUCUACAUCUUAGAAGGAGGAACUGGAAAGGUCAACCAGGAACAUGAGAUCAGACAGAUUGAAACAGCAUCCAGUAAUCAAGGAACAAAAAUAAAAAGGGAAGACAUCUUUAAACCCAACCCUGGUAGGAAGCAGCGAAUCAGAACAGUGAUGACCAUGGGAGUGGCUGGCAUUGGGAAAACACUCUUAACACAGAAGUUCACUCUGGACUGGGCUGAAGGCAAAACCAACCAGAACAUUGAUUUCAUAUUUCCAUUCACUUUCAGAGAGCUGAAUAACUUGAAAGAAGAAACUUUCAGCCUGGUGGAACUGAUUCAUCACUUCUUUGACAAAAUUAAAGAUGCAGGAAUCUGCAGCUUUAAAAAGUUUCAUGUUCUGUUCAUCUUCGAUGGCCUGGAUGAGAGUCGACUUCCUCUGGACUUCAACAAGAAUCCAGUCCUCACUGAUGUUAAAAAGUCCACUUCACUGGAUGUUCUGCUGACAAACCUCAUCACUGGGAAACUGUUUCCUUCUGCUCUCCUGUGGAUAACCACACGACCUGCAGCAGCCAGUUUGAUCCCAGAUAAAUCUAUUGACAGGGUCAUAGAGGUCAGAGGGUUCACUGACCCCCAGAAGGAGGAGUACUUCAGGAAGAGAUUCAGUGAUGAUGAAGAGAAGGCCAGCAGGAUCAUCUCCCACAUCAAGAAAUCAAAAACUCUCCACAUCAUGUGUCACAUCCCAGUUUUCUGCUGGAUCACUGCUAAAGUUCUGGAUGAAAUGAUGGAGACCAGAGAGGGAGGAGAGCUGCCCAAGACCUUGACUGAGAUGUAUAUAGAGUUCCUGCUGUUUCAGCUUACAAUCAAGGAAGAAAAUUAUGAAGAAGAAGCUGAAGAAGAUCCGGAGAACAGGAAGCUGAUUGAGUCUCUAGGUAGUCUGGCUUUUGAUCAGCUGCUGAAGGGAAACCUGAUCUUCUAUGACAAAGAUCUUGAUAAAUGCGGCAUCAACAUCAAAGAUGCUGCGUUGUUCUCAGGAGUUUUCACUCAGAUGUUUAAAGAGGAGAGAGGAACGCGUAACAUCUCCAUCUACUCCUUUGUUCAUCUGAGCAUCCAGGAGUUUCUGGCUGCCGUCUACAUGCUCCACAGCUUCCCCAGCAGGAGGUCAGAGGUCAUCAAGACGUUCCUGGGAGAAGAAUACAAUGAAACAUCUCUAGAUGAGUUCAUGAAGAAAGUCAUGAAGAAAUGUCUCAGCAGUAAAAAUGGCCACCUGGACCUGUUUGUCCGCUUCCUUCAUGGUCUCACUGGGGAGUGCAACCAGAGACUCUUACAGGAUCUGCUGGGUCAGACAGAGAACCGUCCAGGAACCAUCCAGAGAAUCAUCACCAACCUGAAGAAGAUGAACACUGAUGGAAUCUCUGCUGCCAGAAGCAUCAACAUCUUCUACUGUCUGAUGGAGAUGAACGACGUCUCAUUUUAUCAGGAGAUCCAACGGCUGCUGGAUUCAGGGAAGGAGCUCUCAGUGUCUGACUGUUCAGCUCUGACCUUCAUGCUGCAGAUGUCAGAGGUUCUGGAUGAGUUGGACCUGGAGAAGUACAACACAUCAUCAGAUGGACGACAGAGACUGGUUCCAGCUGUGAGGAACUGCAGAAAGGCUCGACUUGGCGGCUGUAGGCUUGGAAAGGCUGAAUGUGAAGUUGUGGCCUCAGCUCUGAAGUCCAACCCAGAUCUGACUGAACUGGAAAUUAGUGAGAUCUGCAUAGAGGGAGGUGGAGAAUCUGAGAUGAAGAAUCUGAUUGAGAUCCUGGAGAGUUCAGUCAGUAAAAUGAAGAAACUGAGAUUGAGGGACUGCAGUUUGUCAGAGACCAGCUGGACGUCUCUGUUCUCAGCUCUGAAGUCCAACCCAACCCAUCUGACAGAACUGAGCCUGAGCAAAACCAUGCUGGGAGAUUCUGGAGUGAAGGAGCUCUGUGGGUUUCUACAGACUGAAGGCUGCAGACUGGAAACAUUGGGGUAUGCAAUUAUAUAAUUAUUGGUAUUUCAGUGAAUAGUAUAUAUAAUUGAUCAUUAAUCAAAGAUCAUAUCUUCUGUUCUAAUAAAUAUUUUCUGAGUUUGUUCCUGGACUUGGAUCCAGAGUUUAAUUUAGUCCCUCUGUGUAACUGAGUUGGACCUGCUGACCUGAGGUCAGAACAGGACAGCAUUCGGACCCCCAGUGUGUAGAAAUCCCCCUCAUGUCAAGCAGGUCAAAGGUUAGGAUGUAAAAAGUGAGUGAGAAUGAAAUCUCCCUUUAUUAAAGUUCCACUAAUCCCACACUUAAUUUUAAAUAUUCUCAUUUUAGUUGAUAAUAAUAAAGUCCAGGUUUAAGGGAUCUAGGUUUUUUAAA